AUGGAAGAUCACAAUCCUUGUGCUAUGGAAGGAUGUGCUGAACAUGGGAGUUGUUUCUUAGAACAAGAGUUUAUAUAUCUUUGCGAUAGAUGCUUAGAGAUCAGACAUGAAAACCAAACUCUGUUGCAGACUACUAUCCCUGAGAUUGAGGCAAGAAUCAAUCAGAUUAGACAGUUUAUCUUUAAGUUGGAAGAUCACUCUGAAAUGAAGAUAAACUUGAAGCGGAAGAGAUGUUUAAAGAGUAUUUAUAAGGAGCUAGAAUCGUUUAGUGAAGAAGUUGAUCAGCUAUAUGCUAACCCUAAUCGUUCUGAGUGCUCUAGAAUUGCAAGAAAAAUAGAAGAUGCUUUUCAAGGAAUUUGCUCUGAAGAAUGUUUCAGUAAAGCUCCAUCACAUCUUUCCGAGAGUAGCCAGCAGCACGAUCUUGUUAGCAGCAAUGAAAAUGUCCCCCCUCCACCUCCCCACUCCUCCCAGCCAAGCACCUCCAACUUCGCUUACACAGACACAACCCACUCCCAUAACCUAACAGAGAGGGAAGAAGAGAAAGACCAGAGUGUACAGGUUGACAUUCCUAGGGAAUUUAUCUCAGAAGAAGAUUACUCUUCUGAUCCAAACGACUGGCAAAAAUGUGAGGAACCUGUAGAAAAACCUGUAGAAAUUGAUCCAGAGAUAUUUGAUGAUACAGUGUCUCUCUUUGACCAUGAUUUUGAAGCUAUAGCAAAAGACAUGCACUAUAUCGAAGGUAUCCAUUCGGAUGAGCAAUUAGAAGAGCUUGAAUAUCUAAAUACACAGACAAGUUUCUUUAAAUUUCUAAAUAAAUAGCCCUGAAGAAUGUUUAGAAAUGAUUAAAGACAUGCUGCACUAUUCGGAAAUCCCUAUCCUUAAAGAUUAUCAUGUCUACCAAGAUGUUAACUUGGAACAUGUUACUAAUAAGUUGAUUGCAAAUUUUAUGGUAGACAAAAGUUCUGGAGGCGAUAUAAUUUUUAACCUACAGGACCAAAGAGAUUUGAACUUUAUCGGACAGAUCAAAGGAAAGAUCAAUAGUAUUAAGAACCUUAGUAUUAAAGGAAUACCAAAUGAAUGCUCUGCUGUUAAAAUAUUCCUUGAGGAAUACGCCCCUAAUCAUAUUGAAUGGUUUAGCUUCAAUCAAAAUAGCAAAUACAGAAACAAUUUUAGGUAUUAUGAACAAGGCUUUCUGAAUAUUUGCAAAAAUGUCACAAAUAAAAUUCAAAUUUUUGAGUAUGAUUUAACCCAAGAUCAAUUCCUUUCUAUCCUGAAAGCUUCUAAGCACAUAGAAAAUGUUAACUUUGAAAGCUGUAAGAUUGAUUUCCCUCCAUUACUUGAUGAAUUGGAACAAAAGAGUUUGAAUGAAGGUCUCAAAAAUUCUAGAAUAAGAACUUUAAGCUUAAGAGGAUGCGGAUCUGAAGAAAAUGGAAACUGGAACAAAGACAACACUCCCUUUAUUAACCUCAUCAAAUCUCUCGCUCCCUGCUCUGACUUCAAAACUGCUCUCCAAAAACUCGACCUCCAUCAAUCCGAUCUAUCUCAUAAAAUCGCAUCAAAAAUCCUCAAAACCUCAGAACACGGAUUCUACCACCAAAUUAUCCCACCCUACUAAUCUGCCUUCUCCUUCAAUUCUCCACA